AUGGAUGAGGCUGUAGUCAAGCCAACAAUUGACAUUAUUGUUUGUGCUUCCAUGAACAAUCAUCACACUAGUGCUAAAAACAGUGAUGAUUCCAUUUCCAACCCAAAAACCAAACCAUCGCCAUUCUUAACUAAGAUCCAUGCAGGCUACUUUUUCAUCUGUCUUUCCUUUGGUGCUCAAGCUUUGCUAUGGAAGAGUUUAAGUGAACAUAACAAUGAAUCACAAACUCUAUGGCAUGGUUUUAACUUGAUGCCUUCUGUUGCUUAUCUACUACUUUGGUGUCUUGCAGUAUUCGUUGCAACUAUUCUAUCUUUUCUUUAUAUGCUCAAGUGUAUCUUGCACUUUAAUGCAGUGAAGGAUGAGUUUUCACAUCAUAUUGGAGUUAACUACAUGUAUACUCCUUGGAUUUCGUAUCUUCUCAUGCUUCAAUCGUCUCCGUCUUCCAUUGUUCCGCGAACUUGUUACUACGACUUUCUUUGUCUGGCCUUUUCUUUUGUUAUAUUUCUUCUUGAUGUAAAACUAUUCGGACAAUGGUUCACAACGGAAAAGAGGUUUCUGUCCGUGGUAGCAAACCCUGUUAACCUUGUUUCUGUUAUAGGCAACUUGGUGGCGGCUCAAGUCGCCACAGAAAUCGGUUGGAACGAGUGUGCAAUUUCAAUGUUUUCGCUAGGAAUGGUACAUUAUUUGGUUCUAUUCGUGACGCUGUAUCAGCGCCUAACAAGUAAUAAUCAGUUUCCUAUAGUUCUAAGGCCAGCUUAUUUCUUGUAUUUCGCUGCGCCAAGCAUGGCAAGUUUAGCUUGGAAAUCCAUCUCAGGUUCUUUUCUCAUUUCAUCAAAGAUGCUGUUCUUUCUCUCUUUGUUCCUUUUUCUUUCUCAGGCUUGCAGGCCAGGGCUGUUCAAGAAAACUAUAAAAAGGUUAAACGUUACAUGGUGGAUCUACUCAUUCCCUUUAACAUUCCUUGGUCUAGCUUGUGCUGAAUAUGCUCAUGAGGUGAAAACUAGCAUGGCCUCUGGUUUAAUGCUGCUGAUAUGUAUUGUGUCUGUUCUGGUUUUUGUUUUUCUGAUGCUAACUACUGUACUCAAAAUUGAGAAGCUGAUGAUGCAUAAAAAUGCACCCAGCAAAUGA